AUUGCAUUCAACACUCAAGACGCGACAUUAUGGCCCCGUUUUCUGGAUCUCUCCAGCCAAAGAAAAAGGCCGACUUGCAACAUAUCGCCAAUUCUCUCGGAAUCAGUGAUGCUGGCACGAAAGAUGAAUUGCAGUUACGCAUCAAGAAACAUCUAGACAACAAUCAGGACGUGCUCGAAGGCGACCCUCAGUAUGCCGGCCUAUAUGGUGUCAGGAGUCGUGGAGGAGCCGUCGCUCGGAAGCCAAGUGUCCAACCUCAGUUGCCUAGUACUCGCCUUGCGCCACCGAAAGAAAUGACACCUCCCUCACCUCGAAAGCCGGUGCCUAUGGACCCCAUCGUCGAGACCCCAGGAAGGGGAGAAGUCUCCGUGAUGCUCAAAUCUAUCACACCCUUUGCGACGAAAACUCAGACCGUCGUCGAGCCUCCGACGCCGAGUUCUCUUCCUCCACUUCCAUCGAGUGCGGGUUCGAUAUCAGCCGUUGUUUCGGCGCGCAAAGGGCUGAGUGCUAUGGUGAUUCGCAGAGUGGAAGAAGUAAAGAAGGGGGAGGUGCUUAUUAAGACGAGGUCGUGGAUGUCGAACUCGACGAACGUAUGGUUGCUGAGCGCGUUGAUUGAGUUUUUCGUGCUGUUGGUGGUUAUCGUGCCGUGGACGUGGACCGCUAUUGGUGGCAUCGAGGUGCCGUAUCCACCGCCAAGUGUACUCCAGAGUCGAGCAUUUUGGAUGGACAUUGGGAGAUGGACAGGCCCCACUGUUGUUGUUCCGGGGCUGCUAGGUUAUCUGGUCUCAUUCAGGGGACACGACGGUUUUGAUCCACUGACGGGGUGGGUCGUUCGACUAGCCGGAGUCGUGUUGGCAGAGGAGGCUCGAUGGCGUGUGGUCACUGCGAGCGUCGGUGUCGCAUUUGCAUUUGCAGAAGCGAUGCCUGGGCCAGCACCGGUCUUGAACGAGAGCCUUCAGCGGCUGACUGCUGGGGAUACGGAGAGCGAAGAAGUAGAUUGAUAAUAAUAAUGUUUUAUGU